UUUUGGAAAAGAAGAUCAGGGGAGGAGAAUAAGCAGCUUUUGCCUGUGGAUAAAUGUUGAAAGGGGAGGGUUGACAUAGGAAGAUGCAAAAAUAAAAGAUAUGAGGAGCUGUUGAUAUAUAGGAUGAAGAUGAUCCUUUUUCACAUUUUCCCUUUUGUAUAUUCGUGGGGAAAAGUCUAUUAAUAGUUGUAUCUUGUGAACCUUAUUCACCUUAGUAAGAAUUACAUGUAGGUGGAAGUUUUCUCUCUCCUCUUUUCUGUUUGUUAUUCGCCACCCCCCUCCGUCUCCCCCAUCUCUGUAUCCUUUGUUUCCUGUCCAGUGAGAAAGGCAGACAUUCUUUGCUUGUGAUUCUCUUACUUGCUGAGGUCUUUGAAAUUUAGUUGAAAGUACAGUUUCCUCAUCAUUGGUGUAGAAGUAGACUUAUGUUAAAUCAAGGCAAAGGCAAUCUAGUAAUAAUUUCUAAAAUGGCCUUAUCACAAGCAUAGUAUGAAGAAACAAUUUAUUUAUGCUAUUGCCCUCAGCAUCUAGAAUCCACUGAUGUGCUUCUCCAAAUAUGGAUAUUCCAUGGAGCCAUCAUAGAUAAGAGCUGUUGCUCUUCCUCAGUAAAUCUGGCUUAUCUUUUUAAUUAUGUUUCACAAAGUAGCUACUUUUGAUCCAUGUGACAAUAGUUUCCCUAUGUUGUUUGCAGAAUUGGUUAUUUGAGGGCGCACUUAGGUGCAUAUGGAUUCUUUUUCCUAUCAGGCAGGAGAGCACAACUUUUGAGAUAAAGCACUUCUCCCAGGACAAGACGGAGAAUGGUAGGACUUUUGUCUUUCCCAAGGAAAUGAAAGAGGACUGAAGAAGCUAAGUUCCAAGGGACUAUUUUGUUGUCUGAUUCAAAAGCUAGCUAUAUAAUGCUGCCGUGGCUCAUGCCCUGAGAUGGCCAAAACAGGCAACAAUGAGCCUCAGUUAUCACAAGAAACAGACUGUGGGGAGCCCACUUCACAGAUCAAAAAUGAAUGGUCAGUGGCAAAGACAGAGUCUCAGAACACAGUGAAAAUUGAAGUAAUUUGCACAGAUGAUGGCGAAAGCUCUACGCACAGCACUGCUGAGGAGCCAGCCCGCAAACGCAAAAAGGGACCUGCCCCCAAGAUGUUGGGGGAUGAAGUCUGCAGCGUGUGCGGUGACAAGGCCUCGGGUUUUCACUAUAAUGUCCUGAGUUGUGAGGGUUGUAAGGGCUUCUUCCGGCGCAGUCUCAUCAAAGGAGCUCAGUAUACCUGCAAGGGCAGUGGGCAGUGCCACAUGGACAUGUACAUGCGCCGGAAGUGCCAGGAAUGCCGGUUGAAAAAAUGCCGACAAGCAGGCAUGCGGGAAGAAUGUGUCCUUUCAGAAGAGCAAAUCCGCAAGAAGAAGAUCACUAAGCACGAGGGAGAUGGGGUUCCAACUGGGGACAGAGAUGGAGGCGAAGUACUUCGAGUACCUCCGUUGCUCUGUGAUCCUGCUUUAUCCCAGCCUGAGCCAGUUCCUCUUACCCCACAGCAGGAGGGCAUGAUCCAGCAGUUGGUGGCGGCCCAACAGCAGUGCAACAAGAGGAGCUUUAGUGAUCAGCCCAAAGUCACACCUUGGCCAGUGAGCAGUGACCCCAACAGCCGGGAGGCACGCCAGCAGCGCUUUGCCCAUUUUACAGAAUUAGCCAUCAUCUCAGUACAAGAGAUUGUGGACUUUGCCAAGCAAGUACCUGGCUUCCUGCAGCUCUCGCGAGAAGACCAAAUCGCAUUGCUGAAGGCUUCUACCAUUGAGAUCAUGUUACUAGAGACAGCCCGGCGCUAUAAUCAUGAGACUCAGUGCAUUACAUUUCUUAAAGAUUUUACAUACAGCAAGGAUGACUUUCACCGUGCAGGUCUUCAGGUCGAAUUCAUCAACCCCAUAUUUGAGUUUUCCCGGGCCAUGCGACAGUUGCAGCUGGAUGAUGCCGAAUAUGCCCUUCUCAUUGCAAUCAACAUCUUCUCUGCUGACAGGCCAAAUGUACAGGACCAUGGCUUGGUGGAGGCAUUGCAGCAGCCGUACAUUGAGGCCCUCAGUUCUUACAUCCACCUCAAUCGGCCACAGGACCACCUGAUGUUUCCCCGCAUGCUGAUGAAGCUGGUGAGCCUGCGGACGUUGAGCAGCGUGCACUCAGAGCAGGUCUUUGCCUUGCGCCUUCAAGAUAAGAAGCUUCCGCCACUUCUGUCUGAGAUCUGGGACGUCCACGAAUAGACCUUUUGAAUGGACUGGGGGAGAGGCAGACCUCUCCCAGUGGCACCAGCAAGGCAUGUUCCCCAUAGCGAGUCUUUGGAUUCAGCAUAAGCCUUACAAUGGCUGGACUGGGAUCCUGCCAAAAGAAUUGAGUCAAGUGAGCUACUAAGCACUUUCGUUUUCUCCGCCAUCUUUCUUCCAUUGCUUCAGAUUUGGGGGAGGAGGGAGGGGAGGUCGGUCACCAACUUCCUUCUGAGUGGGAAGAGGGAGAAGUGAAAAAAAAAAAUAACCCUUUCCUCCAAAGACUGCACCCUCUCCUGUUUGUGAACAGCAAACAGCUGUGCCCUGAAUCAUUAACUUAACUGCAGUUAAGUUAAUGUACAGAUUCACUUAACAGCGAUGGCAAGACAACCGAGAAUUGUUUCUACUUAGGGAAGGAAGAGUUUUAACAAUGAAAAUAAGAGGAGAUUGCCAUAUGUAGUACCUGGUUGUAUGAGGCAAAUACCCAGAAGAAAUAAACUGGUCAUGAAAAUGAAACAUCUCACUGUUCUCCUGGGUGAGAAAUGUUCCCUUGUAGUUAAUUGGGGCAGGGGAGAGGGAUGGUGGUGUGUGUGUGUGUGUGUGUGUUGUGGAAAGCCAGGAUCUUGUCUGAAGAGAAAGGAAGCAAAGUUCUUAAGAAUACUUGACUGAGUUCACUUACCAUUCAUAAAGGAUGUGUGUGAAUGUGUAUGUGUACUCACAAGUACCCCACCACAGCCGAUUCCAUGUCACAUGCUAGCCACUAAAGGCAAGAGUUUAGUCCCCGGAACAUUCUAGUGGCAGCAAAAUUAGGAUUUUUAACUAUGUGAGUAAUUUGUUUUCUUUAUAAUUUUAAGAUAAUAUGAAGACAUGGAGCAUGCCUUAAUCCUCCAGUUUUGUCCUUCAUACCUUUUGCAACCCUAUAAGGCG